GCCGGCAAUUCAAGCUGAGGGGGUCCCCUCAUACAACACGCACAUCUGGACAACAGCUUGCAUGAUGCGCCUCUUGGCUGUCUUGUGGACGCUUAGCUUGCUUCUCAGAGAAGCACACGCAUGGGGCUACAGGAACGGCAUAUUUCACAACUCCAUAUGGCUGGAACAAGCAGCUGGAGUUUACCACCGGGAGUCACGCAAAGGAAGAUACCAAAUGACGUACAAGGAGGCUAAAGCCGUGUGCAAGUACGAAGGCGGGAGACUUGCCACUUACGACGAACUGGAGGCUGCUCGGCAAAUAGGUUUCCACGUGUGCGCUGCAGGAUGGUUUGAUAAAGGGCGCGUUGGCUACCCCAUCGUCAAAGCCGGUUCUAACUGCGGCUUUGGAAGGGUGGGCAUCGUCGACUACGGCUACAGGCUCAACAAAAGCGAGAGAUGGGACGUGUACUGCUACAACCCAAGCUCCAAGGAGUGUGGCGGCGUUUUGACCAACCAGCAGAGGCUCAUCCAGUCUCCUGGAUUUCCAGACGAAUAUCAAGAUGACCAAAUCUGCUCCUGGCACAUCCGAGUGCGUUUUGGUCAGAGGAUCCUUCUUCACUUUGUGGAGUUUGAUGUGGAGGACGACACGGCGUGCUUGGCGGACUACCUGGAGGUCUAUGACAGUUAUGACGACGUGUCCGGCUUUGUUGGAAGGUUUUGUGGUGAUUAUUUGCCCGACGACAUCAUCAGCACAGGAAACGUGAUGACGCUGAAGUUCCUCUCGGAUGCUUCAGUCACUGCUGGGGGCUUCCAGUUACAAUACUUUGCCAUGAAUGCAUCUGCACUGUCACAGAAUUACACUGACUAUUUUCACUGACCAACAUCCUCGUCUUUAAUAAUUGAAUCUUGAUUAUUAAAGACAUAGUUCUGCUUUAUAAGGGUGUCUUUACAUUCCCUUUUCUAACAUUGCGUUGUGAGUGCUUCUUGGUUUGAGAUGUAAGCCAAUGUCAUUCCCAAUUAAUGAAAUCAAUAAAAUAUAUAAUAAAAUGCGUACUAAA